AUGCUGGCAACUCAGGCUGAUCAAGGUCAGGAACUGCAGGAGGGCGGGAUGGCUGCGCAGGGCACACCGCGCUUCCUCCUGACCUUUGACUUCGAUGAGACCAUCGUGGAUGAAAACAGCGACGACUCCAUCGUGCGCGCCCCCCCCGGGCCAGCAGCUACCCCGGAAAGCCUUCGUGCCACCUACCGCGAGGGUUAUUACAACGAGCACAUGCAACGGGUCUUCAAGUACCUGGGCGAGCAGGGCGUGCGGCCGAGGGACCUGCGCUCCGUCUACGAGGCCAUCCCCCUGUCGUCAGGCAUGAGCGACCUGCUGCAGUUCGUAGCCAAGCAGGGCUCGUGCUUCGAGGUGAUCCUCAUCUCGGAUGCCAACACGUUCGGGGUGGAGAGCGCCCUGCGCGCCGCGGGCCACAACGGCCUGUUCAGUCGCAUCCUCAGCAACCCGUCCGAGCCCCACGUGCGGGGACUGCUGUCGUUGCGUCCCUUCCACACGCACAGCUGCGCGCGCUGCCCCGCCAACAUGUGCAAGCACAAGGUGCUCAGCGACUACCUGCGCGAGCGCGCCCGCGACGGCGUGCACUUCGAGCGCCUCUUCUACGUGGGCGACGGCGCCAACGACUUCUGCCCCAUGGGGUUGCUGGCGGCCGCGGACGUGGCCUUCCCGCGCCGCGGCUACCCCAUUCACUGCCUCAUCCAGGAGGCGCAGAAAGCCGAACCCUGCUCCUCCCGCGCCCACGUGGUGCCCUGGGAGUCGGCGGUGGACGUGCGCCUCCAUCUGCAACAGGUGCUCAAGACGUGCAGAGAACAGCCGCCGCCCAAGCAGGGUGGGGGACCCGGACCAGAACGAGCCAGAGGGAACAGUCGCCUCCUGGUGGUGGUACGAGGUAGCGCACUAACCACCCGUGGUAAAGCCCACCUGGGACCUCUGAAAGAGCGACUACAUGUCCUCGCACCGCAGCCAGCCUCAUCUAUGCAGCAAGAAGAGACCAAGGACUUUACCAAAGGAGUCUCUGCACUCCCCCCUCCAAUAUGGAACAGAAAGCCAUGA